AUGGCGACCACCAAGGAAACUGGCCAGAGUGCUAAGACGUGCCUUGUGUUGUUCCCUAAGAUCCUCUUCGUGGCGGGCUGCCUGGCCGCCGUCCACGCCGGGCUCCUGCCUUCAGAGACGCCCGUGGGCUACGCACCAGUGGGCUACGCCCCCGUCGAGCACGUUGCCUACGACCACGCCGCCCCCUACGCCACUGUCGAGCAGGCAGCCCCUGUGGCCUACGCCGCCGUGGACCACGUCGCACACCCCGCCCCGGUGGCCUACGCCGAGCCCGUGGCACCCGUGGCCUACGCCGCCGCUAAGGGCAUCGUCUCGGGCGCCGUCCCCUCCUACGCUGCCGUGCCCGUGGCCUACACCGCCAAGUCCCUGGAGUACGACCCGCACCCCGAGUACAAGUUCUCGUACGACGUCAAGGACGACUAUACCGGUGACUCCAAGAGCCAGCACGAGAGCCGCAGUGGUGACGUCGUCCACGGCUCGUAUUCCUUGGACGACCCUGACGGCACCCGCCGCACCGUGGACUACACCGCCGACCCCGUCAACGGCUUCAACGCCGUGGUCCGCAAGGACCCCCAGGCUCCCAAGUACAUCGUCCCGGCCUACGCUCCCUACCACCACUAGUAACUGCGCCCACAAGCCAUUCAUAGAAACAAAGCCGC